AUGUCUCCCAUCCUGCUGUUGUGUGCCUUUCUCUCAGUCCCUGAGAAGCCGAAGAGGUCUGUGCUGAACCAGCUGACGCGUACACUGCUGCGUCAUUAUGACUGCGGGAUCCGACCCGUCCUCAACUGGACCAGUCCUACCACGGUCUUCAUUGACCUCAUUAUCCAGUCUGUGCUGGACGUGGAUGGACAGAUGCAGAAAGUGACCACAAGCAUCUGGUAUCGGCAAAUCUGGAAAGACGAGUUUCUCGUGUGGGAUCCUGAGGAAUUUGAUGGAAUCACAGAAAUAUCACUUUCCUCAGAUGCCAUCUGGGUGCCUGACGUCAUCAUCAGUGAAUUUGUGGAUGAGGGGAAAUCUCCUGUUAUCCCAUAUGUGUAUGUCAACUCCUCUGGGAUUGUAAAAAACUACAAACCCAUCCAGGUGGUCUCGGCCUGCGACUUGGAGAUUUAUGCCUUUCCCUUUGAUAAGCAGAACUGCACUCUGACCUUCCGCAGCUUGCUCCACUCAGUGGGUGAAGUGGAUCUGGCUCUUUUGAGGAACACAGAGGAAAUCGCCACUGACACCGGAGAGUUCAUGAACAACGGCGAAUGGGAGCUGCUGUCAGUGCCUUCUCAUUACUGGAAGCUUAACUUGGCUAACAAGGAUUACGCACACAUCCAGUUUAAUGUACUAAUCCGCCGGCGUCCCCUGCUGUAUGUGGUCAGUGUCCUCAUCCCCAGCAUCUUCCUCAUGUUGGUGGAUGUUAUCAGUUUCUACCUGCCACCAAACAGUGGCACCCGCAUCACCUUCAAAACCAGCAUUCUUCUUGGGUACACCGUAUUCAGGGUUAACAUGAUGGAUGAAAUCCCAGCGACAGCCAUCAAAACACCUCUGAUUGGUGUUUUCUUCGCGGUUUGCAUGGCCCUUCUGGUGCUCAGUUUGGCUAAGUCCAUUUUUGUGGUGAAGCUCCUACAUCACAGUCAUGAGGAGGUGAAGGACAUGUCCAUCACUGCCUGCUUGCUGCAAAAGUAUGGUUCAACGGAGCAGACUUUCAGUGAGAGUCUGUUCACCUCUGUGAGGACGCUGGAUGACAUGGAUCAGUCAGGAGGCUAUGAGUUUGAUCUCUCACCUGAGCCGGACCUGUUGUCUCUGACAGAAACCCAGUCCGGUCCACCACAUCUGGAGAAAAUCUUACAAGAGCUCAUUACCCUCAAACUUUCCCUCCAGGUGGAAGACUACGACUGCCUGGCUCAGAAAGACUGGCUCGCUCUUUGUUACAAAGUAGACAAGUUGCUGUUUCGCUUUUACCUGCUCAUCUUCACCAUUUACUCCAGCACUCUCCUGCUGCUGUGGAGUAGCUGGAGCUCAGUCUGA